AUGUUCAACGACUACUGCACCGCGACAAUCAGCCUGCUCCUGGCCCUCCUCGCCGCAACAGGGACUCUGGCAACAUUCACCUGUCCCAAACCCGUCAACCCCAUUGCCAAUAGUCCUUCGAACGCCUGCUGCAAGGAGCUGAGCGAUCUACGUGUCAAAUUAGGCGGAUUCUCACUCUACUAUGGCAAGAGCUGCUACAAAGCAACCAUCAGCCAGGUCACGGGUCCCAAGACAGCGGUCACGGAGGAUUGUCCCGAGGACAUGCAAGCUGGUUGCUGCGAUCCGGUAUGUGGCCCUGCGAUUCCGUUUGAGGUCGUUUGUGGGGCUGAAUCGUGGGAUGCACAGACUCUUCUUGAACUGACCGGAUCGGCACCGUGUACGGGUCCGAACUCGAAUCUGGGUUAG